CGCACUCUACAUUUGGAACAGCAGACUCUAAGCCAUCGUGAAAACACCGGAUACCCUUACACUGCAGAGAAUGGACGCACUGCACGCUGCCGCGAUAGCGGCACAACUGCUCAAGUGCACACCGCUGGUUAUCAUCGGGCUCUUUGGUGGCGUACAGACUGCAUCCAACAACUACCCCAAGCUUCCACGCAGCCCAUAUUGGACACUCCUGGAUGUCACACAUAUGGUGCUGCUCGUAAUUUCAAGCGCGCUGGGUGUCACCAAGGCCUGCUUGUCCCUCAAAAACACCGAAGACAAAGGAAGCUAUGCUACAUCCACAAUGCUGGAAGGAGUCACUGAUUUGGCAAUGGCGCUUUCUUUGGUUUUACUGGCCCUCAUAGCGUGGCGACGCUGGCGCCGGUGCCUGCCACCGUCAGGCUUUAUAGCGGCGCUGCUGGGUCUGUUGUCAACAGCCUGCUUGUUAGAACCCUUCCAGAAGUUCACGGUACUUUUUCACCAAAAGCGAAUUACCCUGUCAUCCAAUGACCACCUGGAGCGAUACAUCAUUGUCUCUUUCACUGUCGCGGCGACAGUGACCUGGAACUUCGUUGCGUCAGAACUUCAAGACUUGGUCAUCAGAAGGCCAACUGGCUGUGUGAGACCCGUUGAUGAAGAUUCGUCAUCGCUGCUUUCGCGCCAAGCCUGCACGAUACUGCUUCCGCUUUUCAAAGACGUGAAUCGACAUGGAGUUUCAGCAACGGCUCGGAUACCUGCGCUCCGCAGAGGAAUUCGAUGCAAAGGACUCAUCCAGGCAAUUACGGCGCGACUCAUCUCACGUAAAAUAGCUCCUAGGAGCCGUGGUUCGUUCGUGCUCGUUCUGCUGAAGGUCUUGUGGAUGGAUGUCCUGUGGAUUGUAGUGGCCUUCGUGGGCUACUACGCCUGCGUAUUCGCAAGAAUCCCUGCCCUCGAGUUGUUGGUAAGCAGUCGCAACCGUACGGGCAUCACCACAGCGGCGCUACUUUUUGCUGCAACAACUGCCUGCGAAUUCCUCAUGACGUGCUACCAAAUGGACCUGCAGACGAUAUUGGCAGGGAGAUCACGCUCUAUUAUUCAAGGCCUCAUCUUCAGCAAGGUCACAAAUAUGUCAACCGAAAGCAGACGACGCUACCCAGCCGGGCAUAUCACUGCGCUGCUAAGUGUCGACACAUGGCUGUGCUGCUGCUCUUCCAUGUCGAUUGUGCUGCCACUGGUCGGAGCCCUGUUGCUCCCUUUCGUCUUCUGGAUGCUCGGAGUGCGGACCGGAAUGGGCCCGUCGCUGUGUUGCGCCGCGUGGACCGUGCUGGUUCUGUUCCUGCCUUUUCUGAGCUCCUUCCUGCAAAAGCGCUUCUGGGUAAACGUGCUACGGGCUCGUGACGACCGUCUCAAGGCCAUUGCUGAUUUGCUUUCUACGAUACGAGUCGUCAAAAUGUAUGCCUGGGAAGACGCCCUUCAGGAGACCGUCCUCCGCCCCCGAAAUGUGGAGCUCAAAUGGUUGUUCCGAGUGAAUCUUCUGGAUGCCCUAUUGGACUGUGUCUACUCCUCCACUAGUUCAGUGCUUAUGAUCAUCCUCUUCUCUACAAUGUACGCUUUGGAACCGGACAUAGUCCUCACUCCAGCAUUGUCGUUCUCCUGCGUGUCGCUGCUCUACAUAACCGACCUCGCAAUGAGCAGCAGCGCGCAAGCGCUAAGGAUUUGCAGCCAGGUCAAACUCUCUCUGAAAAGAAUAGCAGACUUCUGUACGGCUGAAGAGUUCACGGAAGCAAAAUGUGACGUCAACAAUUCUGCUUCCACGAGACAAGGUACCGUGCAACUGGAGAAGUGCUCCUUCUCGUGGGUGAAACCUACCCACGGUGUCUCUCUUGCCCAGCUGACCGAUAUAGACCUUUCGGUAGAGCCAGCGGCCUUGAUUGGCGUCGUUGGUUUUGUGGGCAGCGGCAAAUCUUCUCUGCUCGCUGCUAUACUGGGUGACAUGCACCUAAUUAAGGGUGAUAUCACCUGCAAAGGCCGCAUAGCCUUUGCGCCUCAGCUACCAGUUCUGCACAAUAUGACAAUACGGGACAAUAUCAUUUACGGAAAAUCCAUGGACGCGACCUUUUAUGAAAGAGUUGUACAAAGCUGCCAGCUUAUGAACGACUUCAACAGGCUGCAGUCAGGAGAUAUGACCGAAGUUGGAGAAAAGGGAACAAACCUGAGCGGCGGCCAAAAGCAGCGCAUCUCCAUCGCGCGGGCGGUGUACAGCCAGAGCGACGUCUACCUGCUCGACGACCCGCUCAGCUCCCUCGACCCUGUCGUCGCCAGCUGCCUGUUCCGGGACGUCAUCAGCAGUGACGGCUUGCUGAGAAACAAGGCGAGCGCCACGUUAACUUGA